CUCCUUCAUCCUCCAAUGACUCACUCUCUCCCCUCCCCCUCCUCCGUCCUCUCAUUCGCCCACAUCCUCACUUCCUCCUCCAUCAGGCUUCAAACAGGCUGCAGGAUGUCUGUAGUGAACAUUGUUGCCAGGGAGAUCCUGGACUCCAGAGGAAACCCCACCGUGGAAGUGGAUCUCCAUACAGCCAAAGGUCUGUUCAGGGCUGCUGUUCCCAGUGGAGCUUCGACUGGGAUCUACGAGGCUCUGGAGCUCCGAGAUGGAGACAAGACUCGCUACAAAGGCAAAGGUGUGACGAAGGCUGUAGCUCACAUUAAUGACACUCUCGGACCGGCACUCAUCCAGUCUGGGAUCUCUGUGCUGCAGCAGGACAAACUGGACAACAUGAUGAUUGAAAUGGACGGCACUGACAACAAAUCUAAGUUUGGGGCCAAUUCUAUUCUGGGAGUGUCGCUGGCUGUAUGCAAAGCUGGCGCAGCAGAGAAAGGUGUCCCCCUGUACCGUCACAUCGCUGAUCUGGCAGGAAACGGAGAGCUGGUCCUCCCAGUUCCUGCCUUUAAUGUGAUCAACGGUGGCUCUCAUGCUGGGAACAGACUAGCCAUGCAGGAGUUCAUGGUGUUACCUGUGGGGGCGGAGUCUUUCCGUGACGCCCUGCGUGUGGGGGCGGAGCUCUACCAGACUCUGAGGACUGUCAUCAAGGAGAAGUACGGUCAGGACGCCACCAACGUGGGAGACGAAGGAGGGUUUGCCCCGAACAUUCAGGAGAACAGUGAAGCCCUGGAGCUCAUUAAGACGGCCAUAGAGAAGGCCGGCUUCACCGAUAAGGUGGUGAUUGGGAUGGAUGUUGCCGCCUCAGAGUUCUUCAGCGAGGGGAAGUACGAUCUGGACUUCAAGUCUCCACCAAACGCUGCCAGAAACAUCAGCGGUGAGGAGCUGGCUGCCAUCUACCAGGGCUUCAUCAACAACUACCCAGUGGUUUCUAUUGAAGAUCCUUUCGACCAGGACGACUGGCCUGCUUGGUCUCAGUUCACGGCCUCAGUGGGGAUCCAGAUCGUUGGAGACGACCUGACGGUGACGAACCCUCGCAGGAUACAGCGAGCCGUGGACGAAAAGGCCUGCAACUGUCUGCUGCUCAAAGUCAACCAGAUCGGUUCUGUUACUGAGGCCAUCAAAGCGUGUAAGCUGGCUCAGGAGAACGGCUGGGGGGUGAUGGUCAGCCACCGCUCUGGAGAAACAGAGGACACCUUCAUAGCCGACCUGGUGGUUGGUCUCUGCACCGGACAGAUUAAAACCGGAGCUCCGUGUCGAUCUGAGCGUUUGGCCAAAUACAAUCAGCUGAUGAGGAUCGAGGAGGAGUUGGGGGAUCAGGCUCACUUCGCUGGACACAACUUCAGAAACCCGAGUGUCCUCUGAGCGCAUCAGCAUCAUACGUGUCGUGUUUAACAGAAGCAGGUAGAUCCUGAAUCACCUUAAAGCAGGGGUGUCAAACUCAUUUUAGUUCAGGGCCACAUCCAGCUUAGUUUGAUCUCAAGUGGACCGGAGCAGUAAAAUCACAGCAUGAUAGCCUAUGAAUAACCACAACUCCUAAUGCUUCCUUUGUUUUAGUGCAAAAAAGUACAUUCUGAAAAUGUUCACAUUUAUGGAAUUUUUUUUUUUCAAAACAUCAUCAUCAGACAACAAAAACAAGACAAAAUAUUUCAAAAAUGAGACACAAAAUGACAAAUGACACACAACUAAACAAAAAUGAGACAAAAAAUGAUACAAAAUAGUUACCACGCGUCAAAAAAUGGACAAAAAUGGUGACAGUUACAAAAAAGAAACACAAGACAGCACAAGUGAGACAAAAAAGAAACACAAAACGACAAAAACUCGAGACAAACAACAAAAUUCGGACAAAAAGACAAAAAACAACAAAAUAUUACAAAAGUGAGACACAAAACAACAAAAGCGGAAAACAAAAUGACAAAGAAAUGAGACAAACGACACAAAGCAAAACAAAAAAGAGACAAAAAAAUCAGACAGAAAAGUUCUGAAGCGACAAGAAAAUGCACAAACGAGACAAAAGCGUGAAACAAAAUGACGAAAACAUGAGACAAAUGAUAAAAGACAGAAUAUAUCAAAAAAACAAGACAAAAUGUUCGGAAAAUGAGACAAAAUGACAAAAAUGAGAAACAAAACAACAAAAACAUGAGACAAAUGACAAGUCAGACAAAGAAAACAACAAAAACAAGACAAAAUAUGACAAAAAUGAGACACAAAACAAAAAAACAAUCUAGUAUUACACUUUAUGAUUAAAAUAACUUCUCAUGGUCUAGAAAUUAUUUUAAAUUUAUAGUUUACGAAUUUACAAUCUACAGUUCACGUCUUCUCUUUAAUUUUCACACAUUACAAAGUGGGCUGGAUUGGACCCUGUGGUGGGCCGGUUUUGGCCCACGGGCAUCAUGUUUGACAACCCUGCCUUAAAGCAUCCAUAAACCAGGGUCACUGCGGUGUAAAGAUCAGUGUGGGAGUCCAGAAAGUGUCCUGAUGUUAGUGUGUGUGUCUGUUUGGUCUGUUGUCGUUUCCUCCACAGUUCAGUGAAAACGCUGUUUGUCUGUUCAAGGUGAAACUAAAUAAAGUGAUGAUGUCACUCA